UGCGCCGGACGGGUUAGACUGUGACACACAGCGGAAGUGCGCCAUUGCUGUGUGUUCGUGGCUGAGCGCGGUGAGCUGAGUGUGUUCUCUCGACUUUACUCUUAUAUUCUCUCACCCAGCUGCGUUGGAAAGAGCUGCACUCAUCUGUACACCCGCUCGAGAUAUUCCCGGCCUGGAUAUGUCCUUCAUAUUUGACUGGAUUUAUAGUGGUUUCAGUAGUGUUCUGCAGUUCCUGGGGCUGUACAAGAAGUCUGGCAAAUUAGUAUUCCUCGGUCUGGACAAUGCUGGUAAAACCACACUGCUGCAUAUGCUCAAAGACGACAGACUGGGUCAGCACGUGCCCACCUUACACCCUACCUCGGAGGAGCUGACGAUCGCUGGCAUGACCUUCACCACGUUCGAUCUGGGCGGCCACGCUCAGGCUCGACGCGUCUGGAAGAACUACCUCCCGGCCAUCAACGGCAUCGUGUUCCUGGUGGACUGUGCUGACCACAGCAGGCUGGCCGAGUCCAAAACAGAGCUAGACGCACUCAUGACAGAUGAAACCAUCGGAAACGUGCCCAUCCUGAUCCUCGGAAACAAGAUUGACAAACCUGAAGCCGUGAGCGAGGAGAAGCUGCGAGAGAUGUUCGGUCUGUACGGUCAGACGACGGGGAAGGGCAGCGUUCCUCUGAAGGAGCUGAACACUCGUCCUCUGGAGGUGUUCAUGUGCAGCGUGCUGAAGAGACAGGGCUACGGCGAGGGCUUCCGCUGGCUCUCACAGUACAUCGAUUAGAGGAGCACCACUGCACUCACAGA